AGAAGAAGUUUCUAUGGCAAGUCUCAAAAUCAACUUGACCCAAUCGUUCGUCUGAAAUGAAGGAGUCGUCGGAUAAGUCACCGGUGCGGCGACAUGACACGGCGAAGCAUAACAACUCUGAGGCAGUGUCUUCUUCUAGUUCCUUCACUGAUACCGACUCGACUUGUUCCUUGGUGACGCCCUCAAUGGAGUUCCCGGACCGCAUCAGUUUCCGGGAAGUGGAUUUGGGUGACGCAGGUCCUAGUGGUGUCGUUGUAGGUUCUAGUUCAACGAAUCGGGACGUUGCUGAGUUGACUCGUUCCGAGACAGGGGAAUUUACUGAGUUAAUGAUGCCUUCCGAGUCGAGCGAGAUUGAGAGUUUAAGUACUCGGGUACGAAAGCUUGUUCCCAAUGAAGUGAUUCCCCUGUCACCAUCUUCGCUGAUGGAUAGAAUUGUAGCUCUUAUGAAGAAAUCGUCGGGACGAAGAGGAGAUAAGACUAGUCCGGGUCCGCCGCGGUUAAAGCGGAGUGAUGCGGCGAAGAAUAUCAAAUAUGAUGCAGCUGAAGAUCCUUCUUUGUUGACGACUCGUUCUUUGGAUUUCCUGAAUCGUACUAGUUUCCGAGUCGGAGGAGUUGAUGAAGGAGAAAUUGAUCGGAUUUAUCAGUCUAUUGGUGUUUUUGGUCAUGAUGAUUUGGCUAUUUCUUCUGAUGCUUUUGAUGCUUGGGAAGCUCGUAAGAAGCGUUCCUCUUCCGAUGUUACUAAUGGUUUUAAGUCUCUUGACCUUCUUGAUGAUAGUCACAAGGUUCAGGACUCGAGUGGAGCAGGUCCUAGUGGUCUUGUUAUUGCUUCUAAUUCAAUUUGUGCCGAGUCCAAGGAGAUUGGGAAUUUUACUACUGAGUUGAUGCCUUCUGAGUCGAACAAGAUUGAGAAUCCGGCGGAUACGGAAGUUGUUGAUAGUGAUGAACAAAAACAGACCAUUUUGGUGAAGUCAAGAGGGUAUAUUGUUCCUAGUGAUGCGGUGGCUGUUGGUGGUGGAGUUAAGGGGGUAAGACCACCGGUUAUUAACCUUCCUCCGGCGUAUAAGGAAGUUGGUGAUGGCGGUACGGUAGAGAAUAGGCGUGGUGGUAUUAAGGGGGUAAGACCAUCAGUACUUAAGCCUCCUCCGGUGAUGAAGCUACCUCCACUUGAUCUUCCGGAAUCAUCUUGGGAUUUCCUUACUCAUUUUGCUCCUGAAAGUGAAACAGUUAGGCGGCCGAGUUCCUCUUCUUCUUCCGGAAAUGGCUGUGAUGAAGAGGAAGCCCGGGGAGAUAUGUUUACCGAGUUGGAGGAUACGACUGAUGAGGCAUGCUCAUUCACUACAAACGAGUGUGACUCCUCAAGUACAGUAUCCAAUACCUCGCCUAUUUUUGUCUCCGGAGGACCUAUCAAUACUUCUUGGCAGAAGGGUCAACUUAUGCGACAAGGAUCAUUUGGCUCUGUGUAUGAAGCCAUUUCAGAAGAUGGGGACUUCUUUGCUGUCAAGGAAGUUUCACUACUUAAUCAGGGAAGUCAGGCACAAGAAUGCAUACAACAAGUUGAAGCGGAGAUUGCACUACUUAGUCAGCUUCAGCAUCAGAAUAUUGUGCGAUAUCGUGGCUCAACCAAGGAAGGAUCGAAUUUGUACAUCUUUCUUGAGCUUGUAUCCCAAGGGUCCCUACUAAAACUCUACGAAAGAUACCAGCUUCGGGACUCGGUAGACUCCUUGUACACGAGACAGAUUCUUGACGGUUUGAAAUAUCUCCACGAUAAAGGUUUUGUUCACAGGGACAUCAAAUGUGCAAAUAUAUUGGUGGACGCUAAUGGCGCCGUCAAACUUGCAGAUUUUGGAUUGGCAAAGGUGUCAAAGUUGAACGAUAGUAAGUCCUGCAAGGGAACUCCAUUUUGGAUGGCUCCGGAGGUUAUUAACCCUAAGGGUAAUGAUGGGUAUCGAAGUCCAGCUGAUAUAUGGAGCCUUGGAUGCACUGUGCUCGAAAUGUGUACUGGCCAGAUCCCUUACUCUGAUCUAAAACCUGUUCAAGCCCAUAUUAGGAUCGUAAUGGGUACGGUUCCAGACAUACCGGAUACUCUAUCGCUAGAUGCCCGGGAUUUCAUAGUUACAUGUCUGAAAGUGAACCCGGAAGAGCGGCCAACUGCAGCUGAGCUGCUGAACCAUCCAUUUGUGAGAAGGCCCUUAUUAUCCUCGGGCUGAGGAGGCUCAGUGUCUCCGCUUAUCCGUAGAUGAGGCCAACUUUAUUAGAUUGCCAAUAUAGGUGUAACCAGAAGAUUUAUGAGGGAGUAGACCCCGUAGAAACGAUUGGGGAGAAACGAGAUAUGAUUCUUCGACACACGUCUGGUUUGGGUU